AUGGGUCGGCACAACUUACAGUAUCCCAAAGACUCCAUCAAUACCAUCAAACGGUACAAAGUCCACGGUGUUUAUGAUCUCGAAACUAUCCAUACCAUCGUCAAUACAUGUCCAGUCCUUCAUGUCUCAUUCAAUUCACCAUCUCAACCAUUCCCAGUCGUUCUUCCCAUGAUAGGACAACUGGGAUCGUUCGAGCGCCCAAGUUCUGAUCUGGGCGAUCCCUUGGAACUUUACCUACAUGGCUAUGUGUCUUCAAGGAUAAUGAACCUCGCUCAAUCCUCAACAGUCGAUGGAGAAGAGGUCCAAGGAAUGCCAGUCUGUGUCGCAGCAUCUCACGUCGACGGACUUGUCUUGACUCUAGCAACCUUUUCGCACAACUACAACUAUCGCUCUGCAAUGCUCUUCGGAUACGCAACCACUGUGAAGUCAGACGAGGAAAAGCUAUACGCUAUGGAACUAAUCUCCAACAGUGUGGUGACUGAUCGAUGGAGACAUACCCGUCAACCCCCUCUGGCGUCAGAGAUGCAAAGCACCAACAUCUUGAAAGUCAAAAUUGUCUCGGCAAGUGCCAAGAUCAGUGCGGGUUCGACCACGGAUGACAAAAGUGACAUGGAAAACAAUGAACUGGUGACUUCGACAUGGACAGGAGUGCUGCCUGUGUAUCAAUUAAUCGGGGAUCCUAUUCCAGGACCAUACAACACAGCCCAAGUUCCUGAUCAUAUCAACAACUUUGUGGCGGAUACAAACGAUGAACGAAAGCAAAGAUCUUUGAGGGCGGCAGAGGGUGAAAGACGGGCAUCAUAG